CGAGCGGGCGCGCUGAGCGGGCGCGGGUCCCCGUGCGCCCCGGACGCGAGCGACGGCGAGGUCUGGCACCAUGCCUGGGCCCUCUGCACUGUAGGCCACAUCCCCGGCCUGCGGAGCAGCCCCUGGGCACUUCAGGGCUCACCCCUUCCCCACUGCCCCCUGCCCCACCAUGGCAGGGGACCGACUCCCUCGGAAGGUGAUGGAUGCCAAGAAGCUGGCCAGCCUCCUGCGGGGCGGACCUGGGGGACCGCUGGUCAUCGACAGCCGCUCGUUCGUGGAGUACAACAGCUGUCACGUGCUCAGCUCCGUGAACAUCUGCUGCUCCAAGCUGGUGAAGCGGCGGCUGCAGCAGGGCAAGGUGACCAUCGCCGAGCUCAUCCAGCCGGCCGCGCGCGGCCAGGUGGAGGCCACAGAGCCACAGGACGUGGUCGUCUAUGACCAGAGCACACGGGAUGCCAGCGUGCUGGCCGCGGACAGCUUCCUCUCCAUCCUGCUCAGCAAGCUGGACGGCUGCUUCGACAGCGUGGCCAUCCUCACGGGGGGCUUCGCCACCUUCUCCUCCUGCUUCCCUGGCCUCUGUGAGGGCAAGCCAGCCGCCCUGCUGCCCAUGAGCCUCUCCCAGCCCUGCCUGCCUGUGCCCAGCGUGGGCCUGACCCGCAUCCUGCCUCACCUCUACUUGGGCUCGCAGAAAGAUGUCCUGAACAAGGAUCUGAUGACCCAGAACGGAAUAAGCUACGUCCUCAAUGCCAGCAACUCCUGCCCCAAGCCGGACUUCAUCUGCGAGAGCCGGUUCAUGCGCAUCCCUGUCAACGACAGCUACUGCGAGAAGCUGCUGCCCUGGCUGGACAAGUCCAUCGAGUUCAUCGAUAAAGCUAAGCUGUCCAGCUGCCAGGUCAUCGUCCACUGUCUGGCUGGCAUCUCCCGUUCCGCCACCAUUGCCAUCGCUUACAUCAUGAAGACCAUGGGCAUGUCCUCAGAUGAUGCCUACAGGUUCGUGAAAGACCGGCGCCCAUCCAUUUCGCCCAACUUCAACUUCCUGGGCCAGCUGCUGGAGUACGAGCGCAGCCUGAAGCUGCUGGCCGCCCUGCAGGGAGACGGGGCGUCCCACCCCGGGACGCCCGAGCCCCUCCCGGGCCCCGCGGCCCCACUGCCUCCGCUGCCACCACCUACCUCAGAGAGCGCCGCCACCGGGAGCGCAGCGGCAGGUGCGGCCAGGGAGGGCGCACCGGGCGCCGGUGGGGAGCUGCCCGCGCCCGCCGCCGCCGCCACCACUGCUGCCGCCCCGGCCACCAGCGCGCUGCAGCAGGGCCUGCGCGGCCUGCACCUCUCCUCCGACCGCCUGCAGGACACCAACCGCCUGAAGCGCUCCUUCUCGCUGGACAUCAAGUCGGCCUACGCCCCCAGCCGGCGGCCCGACGACCCCGGGCCCCCCGACCCCGGGGAGGCCCCCAAGGUGUGCAAGCUGGACAGCCCGUCGGGGGGCGCGCUGGGCCUGCCCUCCCCGGGCCCCGACAGCCCAGACGCGGCGUCGGAGACGCGCCCGCGCCUCCGCCGGCGGCCCCGGCCUCCCGCCGGCUCCCCAGCCCGCUCCCCGGCGCACGGCCUCGGCCUGAACUUCGGCGACGCCUCGCGGCAGACUCCGCGGCUCGGCCUCUCGGCGCUGUCGGCCCCGGGGCUGCCGGGCCCCAGCCAGCCGGUGGGCCCCGGGAGCUGGGCGCCGCCGCUCGACUCCCCCGGCACGCCGUCGCCCGACGGGCCCUGGUGCUUCAGCCCCGAGGGCGCGCAGGGCGCGGGCGGCCCACGGUUCGGCGCUUUCGGCCGUGCGGGCGCGCAGGGCUCAGGGGGCGGCGACCUGCGGCGGCGGGAGGCGGCAAGGGCCGAGGCCCGGGACGCGCGGACCGGCUGGCCGGAUGAGCCGGCCCCGGAGACGCAGUUCAAGCGCCGAAGCUGUCAGAUGGAGUUCGAGGAGGGCAUGGUGGAGGGGCGCGCGCGCGGCGAGGAGCUGGCUGCCCUGGGCAAGCAGGCCAGCUUCUCGGGCAGCGUGGAGGUCAUCGAGGUGUCCUGACGGUUCCCGGGGGACCCAGCGCUCGCCGCUCCGCUGCCCUCGGCUCCCUGGCCUGGGCCGCCGGCAGCCGGGCCCACUAUAAAUAUAUAUUAUAUAUAAUGCAAAGAAAGGUAAAUGGUUUUACUGCGAUUUUUAUCGAGAAGUAAAUAUUUCGAUUUUUUAUUUA